UAUGCAAAUAUGCAAUACGUCAACAAUCCUCUCUCUCUCUUCGAAGACUAUCUCUCUCAACACACACACACUUCCAUCACAUGCUCAUUCUUUCUCUCUCACACUACACAGCUUUCUCUCUCCAUCAACACUAUAAAAUGACAGUUGCCAAGUGCCAUUGCUCUCCCUCUAAUCCAACUUCCUCUCUCUCUCUCUCUCUACAACUUCUCAGCUAAGCUAAAUCUUAGCUAGCUAUAGCUGCUGCUUCUCUCUCUCUCUCUCUCUCCUCCCAGCUCUGCUACUGCAACUGCAGCACGUACACCAGCUAGGUCGGGCCGGCCAUGGCGUCGUCGCAGAGGAGCAGGAGCGUCGUGAGCAGCAGCUCCACGACGGCGCCGGUGGUGAUGGUGGUGCCGCUCGACGACGACGGCCCCGCCCAGGACCUGCUGAUGCGGCCAGUACAGGAUCAGGAGGAGGAGGAGGAGCAGGAGUCGGCGGCGGAGGAGCUCCGGCGCGGGCCGUGGACCGUCGACGAGGACCUCACCCUCGUCAACUACAUCGCCGACCACGGCGAGGGCCGCUGGAACUCCCUCGCCCGCGCCGCCGGACUGAAGAGGACGGGGAAGAGCUGCCGGCUGCGGUGGCUGAACUACCUCCGGCCCGACGUCAAGCGCGGCAACUUCACCGCCGACGAGCAGCUGCUCAUCCUCGACCUCCACUCGCGAUGGGGCAACCGGUGGUCAAAGAUAGCGCAGCACCUGCCGGGGAGGACCGACAAUGAGAUCAAGAACUACUGGAGGACUCGGGUGCAAAAGCACGCCAAGCAGCUCAACUGUGAUGUCAAUAGUGCUAGGUUCAAGGACGCCAUGAGGUACCUAUGGAUGCCUCGUCUCGCUGAUGUAGGACAGGUUGGUGAUUACCAUGGUUACACCACUACCACGAGUGAUGUUCAUGGGAUGCCAGUGAUGACACCAUCGUCAUCAGACUCGUUCGCAACAUCAGAGUCAUACGAUGGGGCUCUUUAUGCAAAUGUGCAUAAAAAUGAGAUCGUCAAUGGUGGGGACUACCAGGUGCAAGGAGCUACUCAAGGAUAUUGUAAUUCUGAGUCAGCUACCCAAGGAUAUUGUAACUUUGAGUCAAAACAACUUCAUAAUCACGGACAUAGCCAAUUUCAAGACCCGGAUCUUGUUGGGUGGGUGCAAGGCUUUUCUGAGGGUCUUUCUGAGAAUUUUUGGAGCUUAGAGGACAUUUGGAAGAUGCAGUGAAUUUUGUGUUCAUACUGCAGCAAGCUGUAUACACAAAUAUAUACAUACAAUUUAUGUUGUCAAAAGAUAACUUGUGUGGAAGAAAAUUUAGAGUUAGUUUAUUCUAACUUCAAAAGUUAGAAAGUAAAGUUUUUCUUUUUGAUUUUUUGGUGUAUCGAUGCAUGUCAACGGAAUAUGUCUGUAUGUUGCACAAGAAUGUAAA